GUAGCGAUGACGUCGCGGGGGCUUGGCCGGGCGUCGCGGACUUGGGAGAUGGAGGAAAAGGAGAUAUUACGGCGGCAGAUCCGUCUCCUGCAGGGUCUAAUUGAUGACUACAAAACCCUCCAUGGCAAUGCCCCAGCCCCUGGUACCCCAACAGCUUCUGGGUGGCAGCCACCCACUUACCACAGUGGCAGGGCCUUCAGUGCCCGCUACCCUCGUCCAAGCCGGAGGGGCUACUCCUCACACCAUGGGCCUUCGUGGCGCAAGAAAUACUCCCUCGUGAAUCGGCCCCCGGGACCCUCAGACCCACCUGCCGACCCUGCUGUGCGGCCGUUGCACGGGGCUCGGGGGGGCCCGGCUCCUGUCCCGCAGCAGCGCAUCCUUGGGAGACAGGUCCAGCUCAAUCAAGGUCAGAACGUGGUCAUCAAAGUUAAACCACCAUCAAAGUCUGGCUCUGCCAGUGCUUCAGGGGCCCAGCGGGGCUCUUUGGAGGAAUAUGAGGACACCCCCUGGAGUGACCAAAGGCCCCGGGAAGGGGAAGGUGAGCCCCCUCGGGGACAGCUGCAGCCCUCGAGACCAGCAAGAAUCAGGGGGACCUGCAAUGUGGAAGAUCCUCUUCUGGUCUGCCCGAAGGAGGCCGGUAAGCCCAGGGUGGUGAAAUCAGUGGGCAGUGUGGGCGACAGCCCCCGGGAGCCCUGCCGGACAGUCAGCGAGAGCGUGAUUGCCAUCAAGGCGAGCUUCCCAUCCUCCGCUCUGCCCCCACGCACUGGCGUGGCCCCCGGCCGGAAGCUGGGUUCUCAUUCCGUGGCCAGCUGUGCUCCACAGCUCCUUGGGGACAGGAGAGUAGAUGCUGGCCACACAGAUCAGCCAGUUCCGUCAGGCUCAGUGGUGGGCCCAGCCAGACUGGCCUCAGGACCCAGGCAGGCUCGGGAGGCCUCGCUGGUUGUGACCUGUCGAACUAACAAGUUCCGGAAAAACAACUACAAAUGGGUGGCUGCCUCCGCGAAGAGUCCCCGGGCUGCUCGGAGGGCCCUCAGUCCCAGAGUGGCUGCAGAGAAUGUGUGCAAGGUCCCUGCUGGCACGGCAAACAAGGUGGAGAAGCCGCAGCUCAUAGCUGACCCAGAGCCCAAGCCCAGGAAGCCAGCCACGUCCUCCAAGCCAGGGUCUGCCCCCAGCAAGUACAAGUGGAAGGCCUCCAGCCCCUCUGCCUCCUCCUCUUCCUCCUUCCGUUGGCAGUCAGAGGCCGGCAGCAAGGAUCAUGCCUCCCAGCUCUCCCCAGUCCUGUCUAGGUCCCCGCCGGGGGACAGGCCAGCCGUAGGACUCAGUGGCUUGAAGCCCGUCUCUGGGGAGACCCCGCUUUCGGCUUACAAAGUGAAGAGCCGCACCAAGAUCAUCCGGAGGCGGGGCAGUACAAGCCUUCCUGGAGACAAGAAAGGCAGCCCCGCACCUGCCACCACCGCCAAGAGCCACCUCAGCCUCCGGCGGAGACAGGCCCUCCGGGGGAAGAGCAGCCCUGUCCUGAAGAAGACCCCCAACAAGGGCCUGGUACAGGUCACCACACACCGACUGUGCCGCCUGCCUCCGAGCCGGGCCCACCUCACCACCAGGGAAGCAUCCAGCCUGCAUGCCGUGCAGACGCCACCCACCAGCAAGGUGAUCAAGACCCGCUACCGCAUUGUCAAGAAGACGCCGGCCUCGCCUCUCAGCGCCCCGCCCUUCCCCCUGUCUCUGCCCUCCUGGCGGGCCCGGCGGCUCUCACUGUCCAGGUCCCUGGUGCUGAACCGUCUGCGUCCAGUUGCCAGCGGGGGUGGGAAAGCCCAACCGGGCUCCCCUCGGUGGCGGAGCAAAGGGUACCGCUGCAUCGGAGGGGUCCUGUACAAAGUAUCUGCCAACAAACUCUCCAAGACCUCCGGCCAGCCCGGCGACGCGGGCAGCAAACCCCUUCUCCGCACAGGCCGGCUGGAUCCUGCAGGCAGCUGUAGCCGUUCCCUGGCCAGUCGGGCUGUGCAGCGCAGCCUGGCCAUCAUCCGGCAGGCACGGCAGCGGAGGGAGAAGAGGAAGGAGUACUGCAUGUACUACAACCGCUUCGGCAGGUGCAACCGCGGCGAGCGCUGCCCUUACAUCCAUGACCCUGAGAAGGUGGCUGUGUGCACCAGGUUUGUCCGGGGCACCUGCAAGAAAACGGAUGGGACCUGCCCCUUCUCCCACCAUGUGUCCAAGGAGAAGAUGCCAGUGUGCUCCUACUUCCUGAAGGGCAUCUGCAGCAACAGCAACUGUCCCUACAGCCACGUGUACGUGUCCCGCAAGGCUGAGGUCUGCAGCGACUUCCUCAAAGGCUACUGCCCCCUGGGUGCAAAGUGCAAGAAGAAACACACGCUGCUGUGCCCCGACUUCGCCCGCAGGGGGGCGUGUCCCCGCGGCGCCCAGUGCCAGCUGCUCCACCGCACCCAGAAACGCCACAGUCGGCGGGCAGCCACGUCCCCUGCCCCAGGGCCCAGCGACGCAGCUGCCAGGAGCAGGGCCUCGGCCAGCCACGGGCCCAGGAAGCCCUCGGCAGCCCAGCGUCCCAUCAGGCAGACGCCCAGCUCCCCUGCCCUCACUGCAGCUGCGCUGGCUGCACCUCCCCGCUCCCCAGGGGGGUCAGCCUCUCCCUCAUCCUUGAAGGCUUCCUCCUCCUCUUGUUCCUCCUCCUCCUCAUCCCCUCCCGCUUCCUUGGACCACGAGGCACCAUCUCUCCAGGAGGCCGCCUUAGCAGCGGCACGCUCCAACAGGCUCUGCAAGCUGCCUUCCUUCAUCUCCCUGCAGUCCUCACCGAGCCCAGGAGCCCAACCCAGGGUCCGGGCCCCCAGGGCCCCCCUCACCAAGGACUCAGGGAAGCCUCUGCACAUCAAACCGCGUCUGUGAGGACCCCAGGAACCGGCCUGCACCUACCUCAGACCCUCAUCCUUGGAGAGGAAAGAGGCUCUGUCUGCCACUCUGUCCCAGAGGAGGGCCGCCCACCACCAAGCCUCACCUGGGGGCCACAGGGACACUGCUCUGCCUGCCUGGCCCUCAACCUUCCAUGACCAGCGUGUGCCCAGGGCCUGGUCUUCCUCCCCCAAGCUGGGCCCCUGUCCCCACCCCACCGCCCUCCAGGGUGCCAGGCAGGGCUGGCCUCCAGGCCUGUCCCCGACUGCCAUUGGCAACAGUGGCCCUGCAGCCCCCCAGCCCUCCCCACCCAGGUCUUCGGCCCAGUGAAGAGGCCACUGGCCGGGCCUCCCAGGCAGGUGUUUUAUGUUCAGCAAUAAAGGUUCUGUCCGUAACUGG